CGCCGGUGACUCACCACCGCAAACACCAAUCCACGGCGAACAAGUCGCUCGCUCGAUCGAUCCUUCUCUCCGGUCUCCGGCGUUCACCUGCUCCAGCUAGCUAGCUGCCUCGGUCGACCAUGGCCUGCAUCAAGGAGGUGGUUUUCGACGUGAACCUGCUCGAGAACAGCACGCUGGAGGACGGGCUCGCCGGAUGGUCGCCCGUCGGCGAGUGCACGGCGCUGUCCGUGCACAAUGAGGCGCCGUCGGAGGUACCGACCGAGACCAUCAACACGGUGGCCGACGACUACAAGCCGAGCGGCCGGUACAUCCUCGCGGCGGGCCGCGGCGACGAGGAGGACGGGCUGUGCCGGGCGGUGUCCGGCGCGCUCAGGCCCCGCGUCACGUACCGUGUGGCCGGGUGGAUCAGCCUCGGGGACGGCGCCGAGGGGAGCCACCCGGUGCGCGUCAACCUGCGCCUCGACGGCGACGGCGACGACUGCGUCGUCGAAGGCGGCGCGGUGUGCGCGAAGGCCGGCAGGUGGACGGAGAUCAAGGGCGCGUUCCGGCUCAAGGCGAGCCCGUGCGGCGCGACGGUGUUCGUCCAGGGCGCGCCCGCCGGCGUCGACGUGAAGGUGAUGGAUCUCCAAAUCUUCGCCACGGACCGCAAGGCACGGUUCAGGAAGCUCAGGAAGAAGACUGACAAGGUGCGCAAGAGGGACGUCGUUCUCAAGUUCGGCGGGGCGGGAAGCAUCUCCGGCGCGUCGGUCCGCGUCAUGCAGAUGGACAGCAGCUUCCCGUUCGGGGCGUGCAUCAAUGGCGGGGUGAUCCAGAACCCGGCGUUCGUCGACUUCUUCACCAAGCACUUCGACUGGGCGGUGUUCGAGAACGAGCUCAAGUGGUACUGGACGGAGGCGCAGGAAGGGCAGCUCAACUACAACGACGCCGACGCGCUGCUGGACUUCUGUGACCGCUACGGCAAGCCGGUGCGCGGCCACUGCAUCUUCUGGGCCGUCGACAACGUGGUGCAGCAGUGGCUCAAGGGCCUCGACCACGACCAGCUCAUGGCCGCCGUGCAGGGGCGGCUCCAGGGCCUCCUCACGCGCUACGCCGGCAGGUUCCCGCACUACGACGUCAACAACGAGAUGCUGCAUGGGAGCUUCUACCAGGACCGCCUCGGCGACGACAUCAACGCCUUCAUGUUCCGCGAGACCGCGCGGCUGGACCCGGGCGCCACGCUCUUCGUCAACGACUACAACGUCGAGUCCGGCAACGACCCCAGCGCCACGCCGGAGAAGUACAUCGAGCAGAUCAGCGCGCUGCAGCAGAAGGGCGCGGCCGUCGGCGGCAUUGGCCUGCAGGGGCACGUCACCAACCCCGUCGGCGAGGUCAUCUGCGACGCGCUCGACAAGCUCGCCACCACCGACCUGCCCGUCUGGCUCACCGAGCUCGACGUCUGCGAGUCCGACGUCGACCUCCGCGCCGAGGACCUCGAGGUGGUGCUCCGCGAGGCGUACGCACACCCGGCCGUCGAGGGCGUCAUGUUCUGGGGGUUCAUGCAGGGACACAUGUGGCGCCAGGACGCCUGCCUCGUCAACUCCGACGGCUCCGUCAACGACGCCGGCGAAAGGUUCAUAGAUCUCCGGCGGGAGUGGACGUCGCACGCGCGCGGGCACAUCGACAGCGAUGGCCAAUUCAAGUUCAGGGGAUUCCACGGCACGUACGUCGUGCAGCUCUCGACGACGACGGGGAAGAUGCACAAGACGUUCACCAUCGAGAAAGGGGACACCCCUCUUGUUCUGGAUAUGAGCGUCUGACGAUUACUUCUUAUUUUAUUAUUAUAUAUAGUUAUACUGAUGAUUAUUUGCUCGAACGGAUCGAGGGAAAAAGAAUUGUACCACACACAUACAUUUUUACACUUUCAACAAUUGGGUAUUGUACACGAAAAGCAAGGUAUUGUAAUGGGGAAAAUUAAUGAAGAAAUAAAGUAAGAACGGGCUAUUCCUCGUUCUACAUAACAGGAUUA